AAGCCAGCCACCUCCAUCCGCUCCCACUCGGCGCCGCCGUUUCCUCCUCCACUGAAAUCCCCCAUCAAAACCCUCUUCUUCCUCAACGCCGGCGACGCGACUCCGCCCACACCACCACGUCCGGCGAGCCCAGGCCACUCCAUCGUGUAUCCGCGACACGCUGAUCAUCAUGGAGGUGUUCUCCAUCCUUCUUGAGCACGGAUGACGCGAGGCUGCGCCGAUAUCCGCGGCGCCCAUCAACUCCGGCCGGCCGUAUCUUCCCCUCCGAUCUGCCACGGACGCGCCCGCGGGAGCACAGGACUUUUGAUCUCCGCUGCUAAUUUGGACGAACACUUGGUAGCGAGGCAUGAGCCCUGCGAUGGCGAUAGCGCCAGGCGCCAGCGUCGAUGGAGGCAUGGCGUUGUGCCACUGUGUCCGCAUGGCAUAGCAUGGUAUGGAGGUCAUGCAAUCGAUGACGGAGCUUCGAGCUCACCCUCGAGUGGCGGGCAAGUUUCUAGCGAAGGCAGUUCGAUACGUGGGCGGUGGGCCGUGAACUGGAGAUUUUGUUCCUUGAUACGUAGGCCGUGCAACAGUAGAGGCCGUCUGCCUGCCUGCUGCGAAGGAGCCCCUUCUCAUGGAUCCGGAUAGCAUUGCAGACCCACUCCUGUAUUUGUGUGUUCGGAACUUCCCCGAAAAUACAACUCAAGACAGCCUCAAGGAACUACUAAUCAGUAAGAGUGUUGAAGGAUUCGAACACGUGGACAUAAUAAAAAAAAACAAGCAGAAGCCGUAUGCAGCUAUUAAAUUCAGGGAUGCAGAGCCGGCUUACAGGGCCGUUAAACUCGUGAACAAGGAAGAUCAAAAUGGGCAUCGUAGCGGGCUAGCGGCAGUGACAGAUGUGAACGUGGCCAGUAGUUCAGGACGAGCAGCAGUUGGAACUACGGGAGGAAAAGACGAGAUAGCAGUUUCCUUUUUCUCCCAUUGUCAGUGGAUCAUUAAGGGUAGGAGUAAAUACAAGGAUUUCAUCAUCAGACUGCGUGACCUAUUGGUCCACCGCAAGGAUGGUUUCCCGGAGUAUAUCGUGGAGGAGAAAGACGGCCAACCAAGCACUAACCCAGUGCUUGGGGAACAGCAAGGUGGCAAACGGCCAGAGCGGUGGAUUCACAUCGAGUUAACUGCGAACGAGGGGGGCGACCAAGAGUCAACAACACUAGUCAUCCGGGAUGACAACCUUUAUGUCAAAGGCUUCACCGGCAAGGACGGAAAGUGGUUCGAGCUUUGCGAGGACAGAGAACCGGCCGGGGAGAAGCUCCCACCGGAAUACAAAGCCACGAAGCUGUGGGGCUGCAAGUACGACAAUUUAAUGAAGCUCAAUGACAAUGACCAAGUCAAGAAGACACUCAAGUCCACCAAGCUGGGUAAGGCCUUCGCGGAGAGGGCCGUGCGCAGGCUCUCGCGCUACUGCCGGGUAGAGAAUAAUGAUGAUAUCCCCGUCCGGCUGGCACUGGCGGGCCUGAUCGUGAUGAUCUGUGAGGCCGCAAGGUUCAGGCCUCUACUCAACCACUUUGCAGGUGCUGAUUGCUGGGAAAAUGGGAAGGGACUAGAGCCGAAGGUGGUCGAUAACGUUGAAGUGAACCUUGUGGAUUUAAUCUGGAAUUGGAAAAGCAUGUCAGCCGCUCUGCUCAAGUGGAGGGGCAGUAAAGGUAGUCAAUGGAACGAAGAGUGCGGUGCCAAGUCUGCGGACGAUGCGUUAAAAUAUGUUCACCUCGUGCUAAAGCCCAAGGAUACAGAUGUCAGUGGCCGUAACAAAACCCACGUGGAGAUUCUUCAAGUCUCUGCCAACUUCAGCGUCGGUGACAUCAAUGUCAUCGACGACCGGAAACAGAAAAAGCAGAAUAUCUACGCUAAGGAACCAGAGCAGGCCUCCAAACAGGCUGUCUACGAGGAAAAAAUGGCCCCUUUGGAGGUGAUUGUACGCAAGGGCAUCUCGGGGUAUGCCUGGUUUGGCAUGGAAGUUAACGGCUGCUCCAUAUUACCCGCUGGUGAGGAUAGCAUCAAAAUGAGAUGGGAUUGCGAGAAGGUCAGAGAUGCUACUCAACUUGUGACCCGCGACAUCACUUUAGGCGCCGGCGGCAGGAUACGCUUCACCUACUUGGUGAUGUCCAAUCCUGUACAGGCCACCGUGGCGAUCAAGCUGCGGCUCCCAGAAGAUUAUUUGCCAAAUGCUUUCAAAAAAUAUUCCACUGCAGUAGAUGGGGGCGGAGGCAGAAAUUACACCGCUAGCGGCGCGUGCAUCAGUGACUUCAAACACUACCCGAUCGUGCUCUUCAGAAGCCCAUCGAAUCCAAGUCGUUGACCCUUGAGCUGGACCGAUCCGCCAUUCAGGUGCCGCAAGGUAAACUACAGCUCCAGAUUGACAUGGGGAAGCUGCAUAUUGGGGUGCCGGAUGGUUCCAGCAACAGAGAGGUCCGGUUCCACAGUGGUAAGAGCCGCCUCAGCUUCGACGUUAAGGAUUCGAAUCCUUCAAAAAUAAUUUCCCUCGAUGACGGCAGUGAACUCGAAGUGAAAGUCACCUGGAAGGGUAUCAAGACGAUCAAAACGAAACCUGAAGUAGUGUGGAAGAACAUUGCGGAUAAAAAGGAGUUCACUACAUGCAUAGGUGCCCUGCGUGUCCAGAUCGCCCAAGAAUGCCAGGAUGUCUUGAAGGACUGCAAAGAAGACGAAUUACCCUCCGACUGCACCAAGGAUAGUCACCCGGUGAUCACCAGUCCAGAUCAGCGGUGGACUCACGUCAAGCUGCAAGUGGGCGACGUGAAGUCGGCGACAACAGGAGAGGGAUCCUCGGUAGGGGCACUCCAACCCCACGCAUCAGUGACACUAGCCAUCCUGAAUCACUAUUGCCGUGUGUUUGGUUGGAGAGCGGAGCGAGCCGGAGUGGGUUCAACCCGUUCCCACGAGCGUUUGGUUUGGGGUUGAGUACGGAUGGGUUCAACUCAGAGGGAAUAUUCUCACAAUAUGCGAGUUGGC